AUGCGUGAAUUCAAGGUGGUUGUGUUGGGUAGCGGAGGUGUGGGUAAAUCAGCUCUAACUGUUCAAUUUGUUAGCAGUACUUUUAUCGAAAAGUACGACCCUACAAUAGAAGAUUUUUACAGAAAGGAAAUAGAGGUUGAUGGUCAACCAUGUGUACUAGAAAUUCUCGAUACUGCCGGAACAGAGCAGUUUUCAUCUAUGCGUGAUUUGUACAUCAAGAAUGGACAGGUGAGUAAUUGA